AUGGCCGAGUCGCGAGAACCGGAGCACUCGCUGCUGCAAGAGGAGGACCUCGUCAACGCGCGCCCCGCGCGCUCGUGGAAUCCGCUGCGGCGCUCCUCAUCGCCUGAUGUCGACUACCACCGCAUGCCCUCCCAGAACCCAUUGCCCUUCUCCGACGAAGUCUUCCGCGACGUCGGUCUAGGAAUCACCAAUCCGUCUGGCGAAACACUCCCCGCGGGCAAAUCCAGGCGAACAUCGGUCUCGAGCGCGACAAGUCAAGCAGAUACACCAGGUUUCUUGAAGACGCCAGAAACGCCCGCCAUUCCGCAUUCGCCAAACUGCCCGAGUCGCAAAGCAGUCCUCCAGCGCCGACUGUCUUGGGUUCCAAUCACAAUUCUCGUACUUGCCUUCUAUGCGACGGUCUUCUCGGGUAUCUACCUUGCGGUUGCGAUUCGGAAACCGCGAUGGGGAAUUAUUAACGAUCAGCAGGCGCUCGCCCCGUCCACCGCGAGCCUUUUGUGCGCCUUCUUCGCGAAAACAAUCGAAUUGGCCUAUGUCACCAUCUGCGUCGCGUUUCUCGGUCAGGUGUUGAGUCGUCGGGCUUUGACGAAGGAUUCUCGGGGAAUCAGUAUCGCGGACAUGAGCAUGCGAGCGUGGAUUAUGCAGCCUGGGUCGAUGAUUGUGCACUGGGAGAAUCUGCGGUAUUCCGCACUCACUAUUCUGGGAUCGAUUGCAUUGGUCGCUACCUUUGUAGCGAUGCUGUACACCACCGCCGCGGAGGCCUUGGGUAGGGACGACAUGUACACGACGAUUAUCUUUGAUUUACGACUAAUUCUCUCUCUUCCAGUAUCACCAACGCUUUCCAUGGGACCGCGGGAAGAAACAACACUAGCAGGAAAAGUGCAUGCUAGCUUUGCCAACACCAAUUAUCUCGCCGCUCACUGUCAGACUCCCGUGACCGUCGCGGAGGACCCUGAGGCUCGCAAUACAACAUGUCUGCAAAUUGAGCAUGUGGGAUCGGCUUACCAUAACUACCAACAGUGGAUCAGCAACUGGGCCAAUCUUGUGGUGGGCGACAAUGAGACCACGGAUAAUCUUCACACCCGCCCAGACCCCAGUGGUUCGAUUUGGGACAACACAACCGUCACAGGCAGCUGGAUUGAAAUCAAAGACGCGACCGAGCUCUCAAAGAAGCACAAACGCAUGAUCAACAAUAUCACCAUGGCAAUGCCUCAUGGCGGUAUUCCCGGUGCAGCGAUGGACGGCAAGAAUGGCAUUCGACAGCCACAAGAUGCAUCUGGAGAGGGCAAGUAUAACCUGGAGGCGUCCGUCCCAUCUCCAGCUGUGAAUGUGCUAUGCGUGGGAAUGAACAAGUCCGAACUAUCUCCCCUAGUCUACUCGUCAUGGCCAGAAGCAGACUUCGACGCAACAAGCUUCAGCGCCGACCCACCUUCCAACAUCCCGGUCUGGCCCUCCUGGAUGAACAGUACAGUCGUCGACGAUGUUUUCGGCUUCGGCGAGGAAUACGGCCAACGCCCUCCGGUCUUUGGCACUUAUCCACAAACCUACAACACCAUCCUUAAUACAACCGGCCGCUGGCCCACAGAUGCAGUAUACCUGCUGGGCAAACCGAGCGUAUCCCAUCCACCCUACGUGAUGUGCUCAAUCCGCGCCAAACAGACCGGCGUCUGUUCCACCCGCUACAGUGCCGCGUCUAGCGGCGCCUCCCUCAACACAAAUUGCGAAAACUCCACCAACCCCUUCCAAUACGACCGUGAUCAUCAAAACUUCCCUGAAGGACUCUGGUCAGCCGACUACAAAAACAUUGCAUCCGAAUGGGCCGGCUCCCUGAGUCUGAACGCAGGAAUCACAAACGGCUCCGCGAGUAACGCACGCCUCCUGAUGCAAAUGAUGCCCGCCUACGACUCCUCAACCGGAACAUACUCCCUCGACCCAACCCUUCCCUCCAUCGGCGAGGCAUUAGCUGUAAUGGCCGGCAGCACCCUAAUCCUCAGCUCCAAAGACGCCCCAUAUGUACCAGGCUGGAACUACAGCGGAGACGGCGACGUCCUCUCCGAACCCGUGUACCAAUAUUUCCGCGCAUCCCUCCAAGCAGUCGGCUACGCCUCAGGAGGGACAGAAAAAUGGCAAGGCGUAUUCUACGUCAUUCUCACAUUCUGCUUCAUCACCAGCUUCAUAUGUUUCGGCUUCGUGAUUCUUGAAGCGCGCGGGCACCAGAUUACCGACUUCACCGAGCCGCAGAAUCUCUUCGCGCUAGCCAUGAACAGCCCGCAUAGUUCGCGGCUGCAGGGUGCUUGCGGCGGUGGGCCUGUCGGACGACAGCUGAAGGAGCGCUGGUUCAUUGGGAUGGAGGAGGAUGAUGCGCAUUACUACAUUCGUGCUAAAUCGGAUGGCCGGCUGGCGUUUGAUAAUGGGAGGUCUACUGGCUACCGUGGCAUGGAGCCUAUGGAUAUGGAUGAUGGCUCGCUGAAGCCGGUUAGUCCCGCUGUCGAUGAAUUCCGGCGCGUUUCCAAGGGACGAUCGUUCCUCGCGAAGCUUUACUGA